UUCGCGAAGCAGCAUUUCUUUCGCUUUCUACAAUAAAUCCGCCCAUAAAGACGAUUAAUUUGUCAGGUCUUAACAGGUGUUACGUUACUCAACAAGAGGUGAGGCGUCGACAUUUGUUGUGUGUUGUAAACAGAAACUUAUUUCCCGGAACAACAGCAAAUGGCAUUUCGGCCAAACCAUGAAUGCCUUCGGGUGCUGUCUGGAAAUUAAGAAAAGUUGAAUCUUAAACUUUGGGGAUAUAAACUAAUAUUCAAAGAAAUGCUUAUAUUUGUCAUCCUGCUGUGUCAUUUCACUUUGUGUGGACACUGUGCGUGUAUGAGGAAACCCCUCCAAACAGAAACUGAUCAACACAGUAAAGUGUUUGUCGUGGACCAGGAGGCCAACACAUUUUUGGGACGCCACCUGUUGUUCAACCGCUUCGACUUUGAGAUCUUCUCCCCGGGUAAUCUGGAGAGGGAGUGUAACGAGGAGAUAUGCAACUACGAGGAGGCUCGGGAAGUCUUUGAGAAUAUCCCUGAUACGAAUGCUUUUUGGAGUACAUAUAGAGCGGAUAAAGAUGAAAGUUCAUCAAAAAUUGAUGUAACCACCUUGUUGGUGGGCAUCAUCUCUGCUGGAGUCUUUAUUGUUGUAGUGGGCCUCCUAAUCUGGUACUUCUGCCAGGGAAGGAAUAAAGACUAUGGCUUUAGAGGCUCCAUCAGACGUCGUUCCACCCGAAGCAAUGCCUCAGUGAUAAUCCGGAGAAUAGAGGAGGUCUCUCUGUAUCCUAUUCCUCGUACAAUCUCGGAUGAUAAACCAGAUGCUCACGGUUUACCUUCUUACGAACAGGCCAUUGCCAUCACUGGACCACAUGAUGCUCCACCUCCACCAUAUCCUGGUUCGAGGCCAGGCAGUGUCCGUCGAUAACAUAAUUUUCUGGACUGCAUCAGGAUGGAUUCAGCCAUUUCUUUCUUGGAUUAAAAACUGGAGAAGUAUUAAGGCCAAGGCAUUCCAUUUGUAUUUAAUUCCUUGGAAUAAACUGCUAAUAUAAAAAUGUAUGGAAUAAUAACAUGUAAUAAAUAAUUGCCUUUUUCAUUUUGUAAAUCUUUUUAAAAAAAUUGUAGAUUUACAGCGUAACUCUAAAAAUGAAAAACUAGUUUAGAUAUUAAUUAUUGUAGCAAUAAGAAGACUGAUCUAUAUAUAUAUAUAUAUAUAUAUAUAUAAUAUUCUGGGCUUUUUAUUAAGGAAAAUGUAUCAUUUUAAAUUUUUUAUUCAAGUUCUAGUCAGUUAUAUAGAUGCAAAUGAUUGAAUGAUCAGUGAACUGUUUCAGGCCUUUUUCACAAAGUCCUGUUAAUCUUUAAUCCACACUACAAAACCAAGAUUACCUCCACAUUCUAAUGUCAUCAUGACUAUCAAGUGAGGUCAGGUUGUUUGCACUAGGCCUUGUGCAUAUUGAUAAGUUAAUUCUGUUCCUUUCAUCUUAUUUUAGAAUUUCUUAUAAUUGUGGUGCCAGACGCACAUGCAGAAAGGUUAAGAUAUGUUUUUAUUGGCAUUUAAUGGCAAAGGGGCUGAGACUGUACAGUCACUAGCGGUUUCUGGAGGCUGAAGCAUCCCUUUUAUGUGUUUUACAAGAUAGUGCCUGGACUGGUGUUAUCGUCAUAGGUAUAUUAAUAGACCUUAUAAUAAACUUCCUUCUUUGUUUUGAUCAUUUCUGAACAUCGGUAUUGUCUCAUUACAUUUUUGCUCAUGACGUGAAAACACAUGGCCUAUUUAUUAUUGUUUGAUUAACUAUAGUAAUUUAAGUUUUACAUUUAAGUUUAAAAAAUUUGAGUUUAGAGUCAGAUAUCACAUGCAAAUGUUGGGCAGUUUAGUAGGGUUGACUACAAAGGCGUUGAUAAAUUAAAAUGUACAGCAGGCCUAUUCAUGAUAUGAAAUAUAAUAGCAUUGGUGCUUGCAGUUUGUUAUAGUUUUACAUACAGUAAAAUGUGUAGCUUUUGAAAAAAUAAAUAUUUUGAUACUUAAAGGUGCACUCAGUAAUUUUUUUGAGCAAGUCGUCUUGCACUGACAACUAGUGGUGUGGAUGCAGCAUCAUUCAAAUGCAAUCGUUUUUAGUGACCAAUGCAAUUGUAGAAAUUCACUUUCAGCCGUGAUUAAAUUAAUCCAUGAGUGAAAAUGUCCAAUAACAGGGCGGUUACUGAGAUUAAGAGUAGUUUUCAGCUGGUCAUGUGAUUCUAACAUGGCAGCCCCCAUGAGGAGACCCUCUCCAUGUAGAAUAAAACAGCUUUUAUAAGGUUACUGAUAUGACUGAAGUCUUCAUCUAAUUUGAGUGCUCAAAUCAUAUGAAACAUAUGUUUUCAAAUUACAACUACUUUCUUUAGGAAUGAAACUUUUAAAUGAGAAAAAAAUACUGAGUGCACCUUUAAGACAAUGUAUGAAUAUCAUUGUACACGUAAAAUAAUAAAAUAUAAAAAUGUUUAACCUGA